AUCACUUCGCAAAAUUUCACGUCGCGUAGUCGUUCAAAAUUACAUAAUUUUAAGAAAAACGAUGAUUCGUGGUGUCUGCAGUCGAGCCCCGUUUGUUUUGGGUGCUGCCGCCGUCGUGCAAGCUUCGGGGGACACCGGCGCUAAGUCGAAAAACACCGAAAAGAAACCGAUCAUCUGCAAGCCAUCGGAGCUGCCCCUCUAUCGGCCAAUCAAUCAGAAAAUUUCCUGUGAAUGUGAAGGGCACAAGCAGAGCGUUCCCUCCAAGCCGGUCCAGGCCAUCGAGGAAGGAAUCCGGGUGGUGCGUGUGCAGGUCACCGAAGCAUCCAAUCUAGUGUCGACUCAAAGGAAACAAGUUGUUCAGUGGUAUGAGGACGGAAAGAAGCAAACCAAGUUCAUUCGUGAUUACCUAAACGAGGAAGACAACACGAUGCCCCGUGUGGGUGCGAUCGCCAUCGGUGGUUUCGCCGGUUUGAUUUUUGGUCUCCGGGGUGGAUUCAUCCGUCGUUUACUGUACACAUCGGUCGGCGCCGGUGGCGUCGCGUCCGUUUGCUAUCCACAGGAAGCGGAAAUGUACGCUCAGCAUGGUCUGGUGGAAGCAAAAAAAUUUGCCACCAUCGGAUAUAACUUCGUGUACGGUGUUAAGCCAGGAGACAAACAACUCGAGCUGCCAACGAUUCCAACCAGCAUGGGUGAAUUGAAAGAUAGCGUUUCAGGUUUUGCCAAAUCAGCCUACAAUGCAGUAUUUCCUGAUAAAAAGUAAAACUUGUGCGGUGAUAGGUUGAUUUGGAAAUGUUGACUACUUUGAGAAAAUAAAUGGCAAUGUAGUAAU